CUUCACUUAUACCGCUGUAUUCAUUGUUGUCAUAUAAACUUCACAAGGGUUUAAGAUAAUCCUUCUUUGCCUGAAUAGUCACCUUGGCCAAUUUCUAGCUGCUUAUCCUUUCUUGCUUGCUAAUGUCCAGGAGGAGUCAAUGGAGUGGCGUCAGUUUCAGGCCGAUCUGCAGACAGCUGUGGUCAUAGCUAAUGACAUCAAGUCAGAAGCACAGGAAGAGAUAGGAGACCUGCGGCGCCGGCUGCAGGAUGCCCAGGAGAAGAACGAGAAGCUGAGCAAAGAGCUGGACGAGGUCAAGAGCCGCAAGCAGGAGGAGGAGAGAGGCAGAGUCUACAACUACAUGAAUGCAGUGGAGAGGGACCUGGCAGCGCUUAGACAGGGGAUGGGUCUCAGUCGGAGAUCCUCCACAUCCUCUGAGCCGUCGCCCACCGUUAAAACACUCAUCAAGAGCUUUGAUAGUGCCUCACAAGGUCCACCGUCUAAUGGAGCCACAGUUGCUCCCACGGUCUCAGCUCCUCCCUUACCUCGGACCCCCCUAAGCCCCAGUCCCAUGAAGACGCCUCCAGCAGCUGCUGUUUCACCUAUGCAG